AUGAUGGAUGUGGGAGAAAGAGCGAGACCACCAGGAGAUCCGCCGGAUGCGGUGACCUCAUGGGCAGCUAGGAUAGCGGGAACGAAUGGGAGAGGCAUGCCAGAUCCAGAGAGUCUGAUUGAUGAUUCGUUCGUGUCGGAAAGACUUCGAGUGGAGUUUCCUAAUGGAGAGGAUGGUGAACCAUCGAUCAUAAUUGGAACGGAGGUGUUGGAAGCGAUGAACGGGAUGUGGAAGCAGUGCAUGAUUAUUAAGGUUUUGGGGAGGAGCGUUGCGAUUACUGCCUUGAGCAGGAAACUAAGAGAACUAUGGAGACCGAAUGGAACGAUGCACGUAAUGGAUCUUCCACGACAAUUCUUCAUGGUUAGGUUUGAGAAGGAAGACGACUAUUUGGCGGCACUAACAGGAGGCCCAUGGAGGGCUUUUGGUAGUUAUCUCAUGGUGAGAGCUUGGUCGCCAGAGUUUGAUCCUUUAAGGGAUGAUAUUGUGACGACACCGGUUUGGAUCAGAUUGUCGAACAUUCCAGUGAAUUUCUAUCAUCGAUCAAUACUCAUGGGCAUAGCUAGAGGGUUGGGGAGGCCAAUUCGAGUUGACCUAACUACCUUGAACUUUGAGAGAGCACGUUUUGCGAGAAUUUGUGUUGAAGUGAAUCUUGCAAAGCCUUUGAAGGGGACAGUACUAAUAAACGGGGAGAGAUACUCUGUGGCUUAUGAAGGGCUAUCUGUAAUUUGUUUGAAGUGUGGAAUUUAUGGACAUUUGGUGCAUGCAUGUCCAAGAACAAUUGCGGAGAGAAUGGCUAAUUUAAACACACAGACAGAGUCGCAAGCGAAUUCUAGGCUAGCCACUGGACAAGGAAAGCAAGUGCAAGAAGAUGGUUUUAUCCCUGUAAGAGGACCAAAGAGAGCGACGCAUAUGAGAUCUCGGCUGGAGAAGGGAGUGACUGGUGAAGCAAGCGGGGAGGCAAACCAGAAUACUCAAGAGAUCCUAAAGAGCAGGAAGAACGCAGAGAUUAUUCUAUCGAACAAAUAUGGAAACUUGGAGAUGGAUACGAACUUGGGUGAAACACAAGAAGAGCUGGUUUCUGGGGAGGGUAACAAGGAAAACCAUGAUCUAAAUAUUGAAAGAACUAUGAGUAAGAGAGACUUGCAAGGCAAGGAGGCUUUGAUUUUUGGGGGGUCGACAAAUUUAUCAACUGGGUCGAAAGUGGUGCACAAAGAGAAGUGGACCGGAAACAAAAAGAUAGGAGAGGGAACACGGGGAAGGCCCAAAAAUUUAAAUAACAGGCCUGCUAGAGGGUUAGUUUUUGGGCCAACUAAAGGGGGGAUCAGUCUGUCGGAAUCUGGUAAGAGACUGAGAGUUAAGAGGUUGGACGCAGGGAGAGCUGGUGGUGUCUUCAGAGAGAAUGCGACGGAAAUCGGGGUCACGGUGAAACCAUUGCAAUUAAGAGAUGAAGAGUUGGAGAACCCGAUGGAUGGUAUCAUCGGCGAGACGGAAAAAUGCGAGUCGAAUGCGCAGACGAGUUCGCAGGGAGAUGAAAGGAAGUUCGACACAGACUUUCUUGCGCUAUUCGAGACUCAUGCGGGAGGGGAUAAAGCGAUGAAGAUCUGUCAGAGCUUAGGUUUUGAGAAUUCUUUUCGGGUGGAUGCCGUUGGACAGAGUGGCGGCAUUUGGCUAUUGUGGAGGAAUAAUGUUGGUGUCCUAACGGUUGUGGAAUCGUCAGAACAGUUUGUCCAUGCACGGGUGGAAGUUGGAAUGGAAGUUAUUCACCUUAUCGCGGUCUAUGCUGCGCCUACAGUCAGUCGUCGAAGUGGCUUGUGGGGACAGUUGAAGCGGGUGAUCGAAAAUAUCGCUGAGCCGAUAUUGAUAGGUGAUAUGGGUUUUAGAGGAAGCACAUUCACAUGGAGAAGAGGUAAAGAUACUCGGAAUUUUGUUGCUAAAAGGUUGGAUAGGGUCUUGUGUAAUGCUCAGACAAGGCUAAGGUGGCAGGAGGCGGUGGUCUCGCACCUUCCAUUCUUAGCGUCGGAUCACACACCAAUUUAUGUGCAGCUAGAACCUGAGAGGAGAGGUAAUCCUAAGAGGAGACCUUUUCGUUUUGAAGCGGUAUGGCUUAAACAUGAAGGAUUCAAAGAGCUACUCUCGGCAUCUCGGAACAGGGAAAUGCGUACUCCUGAGGCUCUUGCGUUGUUGAAAGUGAAGCUUAAAAAGUGGAACAAAGAGGUAUUUGGAGAUGUGAAACAACGGAAAGAAAAGUUAAUGAAUGAUAUUAAGGGGAUUCAAGAAGAGCUGGAGCGAAACCCGACAGAUGCCUUGUUGGGAAGGGAAGUGACUUUACAGAAAGAAUUUGAUGUUGUUUUGGAACAGGAGGAGGUUCUAUGGUAUCAAAAAUCACGUGAGAAAUGGGUUGUGCUUGGUGAUAGGAAUACAAACUACUACCAUACGAGUACAAUUGUUCGAAGGAAGAGAAAUAAAAUUGAGAUGCUGAAGGAUGAAGAUGGUCGUUGGAUAGAUCAGUCGGAAGAAUUGGAGAAGCUAGCAAUAGCUUAUUAUAGAAGAUUGUAUUCAACGGAGGAUCUCAAUAUGAAUACAGAGAAACUUCCGCAGCAGGGCUUUACUGCGUUCACGAGAGAUGAGAAGGAGAUUUUGAACAAACCGUUUGCUGCUGAGGAUAUGGAGAUUUCGGUUCGAUCUAUGGGUAAGUUUAAGGCCCCAGGACCGGAUGGUUUUCAACCUGUCUUCUACCAGGAUUCGUGGGAAGUAGUGGGGGAGUCGGUCACGAGGUGCGCGCUGGAGUUCUUUGAAUCAGGAAUACUCACCAAAGGGAUGAAUGAUGCAAUGUUGGUUCUUAUACCGAAAGUCCUCAAGCCUGAAAGAAUAAUGCAGUUUCGUCCUAUAAGCUUAUGCAAUGUCUUGUUCAAGACAAUAACAAAAGCGAUGGUGCUGAGAUUAAAGAAGCUUAUGCCCAAUCUCAUUGGUCCGGCGCAAGCGAGUUUCAUACCAGGCAGGCUUAGUACGGACAACAUUGUAGUAGUUCAGGAAGCAGUUCACUCGAUGAGGAGGAAGAAAGGACGUAGAGGCUGGAUGUUGCUUAAAUUAGAUCUUGAAAAUGCUUAUGAUCGAAUCAGAUGGGAUUUUUUGGAAAAUACUCUCCAAGCAGCAAAGUUACCAGAGAUAUGGAUCCAAUGGAUUAUGCAAUGCGUGAUUAAUCCAGAGAUGAGUUUACUGUGGAAUGAACUCGCUGUUGCUGAGAAGGAGUGGAAGCCAAUAAAGCUAUCUCGGGGAGGGCCAUCUUUGUCACAUAUUUGUUUUGCGGACGACCUGAUCUUGUUUGCGGAGGCGUCAGUCUCGCAGAUUCGAGUGAUUCGCAGAGUGUUGGAGAAAUUCUGCGGAGCAUCUGGACAGAAAGUAAGUCUAGAAAAAUCUCUAAUCUUCUUCUCUGAGAAUGUGCACCGGGAUUUAGCGAGUUUAAUAAGCAGUGAGAGUGGAAUUAAGGGAACGAAAGAGCUGGAAAAAUAUUUGGGUAUGCCUGUGUUUCAAAAAAGAAUUAAUAAGGAGACGUUUGGAGAAGUUAUUGUAAAGGUGUCAUCUAAACUAGCUGGUUGGAAGAGGAGGUUCUUAAGCCUGGCAGGGAGGAUUACACUGACUAAGUCUGUUCUUGCGUCUAUCCCAGUACAUACCAUGAGCACCAUAGCUCUCCCGGUAUCAACUCUGGAUCAGUUAGACAAAAUUGCUCGGUCUUUCAUUUGGGGUAGCCACGAGGGAAAUAGAAAGCAACAUCUGCUGUCUUGGGAGAAGAUAUGUAAACCAAAGAGUGAAGGUGGACUUGGGAUACGCUUAGCUCGAGAAAUGAAUAUUGCUUUAUUAGCUAAGUUGGGUUGGAGGUUGUUAAACAUGAAAGAUGGACUCUGGGUCAAUAUACUGAGGAAGAAGUUUCGAGUGGGAGAAGUAGAGGACGCAUCGUGGUUGGAAACAAAGGGAACGUGGUCGUCGACAUGGAGGAGCCUAGUGAUGGGAUUACGAGAGGUGGUUGUCCCGGGAAUGGCUUGGGUUCUUGGUGAUGGUUCUCGCAUCCGGUUCUGGAAGGAUAAUUGGCUAGCCAAUGAACCCUUGGCCAUGUUGAGUAUGGUGGAUAUUCCGGAAGAAAAAAUGGAGGUACGGGUUCGGGAGGUAUGGCAAACUGGAUCUGGUUGGUUACAGGAAGAGAUUGCACCGUAUAUGUCGAUGUCCGAUCGUCUGAGAUUGGCAUCUGUGGUGAUCGAUGAAGUAACUGGUGCUAGAGAUAGAAUGUCGUGGGGAGAGAGCAAAGAUGGUGUGUUUACAGUGAAGUCAGCCUACGCUUUCUUGACAAGCAAUAUGGUGCCACGGCCAAACAUGGAAGCUUUAUAUCAGCGGGUGUGGAGUGUGAUGACCCCAGAACGGGUCCGUGUUUUUCUCUGGUUGGUAACGCAUCAGGUGAUUAUGACUAAUGUGGAACGUAAACGUAGACAUUUGAGUGAGACCAGUGUGUGUCCUUUGUGUAAGGGUGGAGAUGAAACUAUUCUUCAUGUGCUUCGGGACUGUCCAGCAGCGGUGGGGUUGUGGACGCGACUUCUCCCUCCGAAGAAAGCUCGGGAAGUGCUAACAGCACAUGAUAAACUUAGGGAUUGCAGUCGAGUUCGGGAACGUGUGGGGAUGCAGAUAUCAUGGCAGAGACCAGCGCAUGGAUGGAUAAAACUAAAUACCGAUGAAGCAUCGAAAGGGAAUCCGGGUCUUGCUACUGCGGGGGGUGUUAUGCGAGAUGAGUAUGUACGUUUGUGCUAUGGCUUCAUAUCAAGAGACUGGUUAGUCAAGGUGUCGCACGUGUAUAGGAAAGCUAAUCGUCUAGCAGAUGGAUUAGCUAACUAUGCUUCUUCUUUAUCAUUGGGUUUGCAUGUUUUUGAACUUGUGCCUGAUAGUAUUGGUGCUAUCUCUUUGGAGGAUAGUCAGGGGGUCUCUAGACCUCGACAAGUUUGUCUGUAA